UCUGUCCCCUGAGCCAGUUGAGACAUUGAUCUAGCUAUACAGCCAACACAGCCUUUUCGUUGUUACUGAAAGUGCCUGUUCUGUCGUGUGUAUAGUCUUAGACUAUUGGACCUUUCAUCGUGAACGCAACUGUUCUAACUAAGCCUUACUAAGCUUGUUUGAAAGAAAUAUGGGAAACUCUCAGGCCCACAACAGUGCACACGUGUCAGGAGAACGGAGUGCGUGCAUACUCCGGUACAGAGAUAACCGCCUCCGGACGUCCUUCAGACACAGGGUCGACACGACGGAGAAAUACACUCUCAAUGGAAGUCUACGAUGUAACAGUAUAGAAGACUUUGACGCUGUCUGUGACCCAGUGACGUCAGUCCAUAAGCCCGCACGUUCUGGUGACGUCAAAAGCAGACGAUUUUUUCGCCGCCCUGAUGAUGAUUCUGACGUAAAAGGCUCUGUCCGGAUUGUUGACAGAGAGGACAGCUUCAGACUCGCCGUCCGCAAGAGGGCGCAUGUGAACAACGCGACCACCCCGUCUUUACUCAAGGAGUAGCUAUAUAUAGACUCUUAUAUUCAAAGACUUUUGUACAUAACACCCUAUCGAGUUUAGCUAAAACGUUGCUUGUUUGAACAUAGGCAUUAUCUUUUGUACCACAUGAUCAUCAACAUGUAGACGUCGACGUGAUCAAGUAAAUGAAAUGAUGGUUGUCAGUUUUUUAAUAUAUUGUUAUCAGAAACGAUUAUAGUCCAGAAGAGACAAUAAGUUUUGAUAUUUUGAUACAUAUCAAGACGUUCGAUCUUAAGUUAUCUACCAAAUGUAUAUACACCACUGCAUUGUUGCCUAUCUAGUAUGUUGUAAAUAAAUUAACAUC